CUGCUAAAAAAUAUGUUUUCUUGAUUAAAGUAUUCAUCACGAGUAUCAUGCGCUGUGUUAAUUAUAUAUUGUACGUGGCAAUCAUUGAUGCAUACAGUGUACUUGGUGAUAUAUUUAUAUCAUUCUCUUUUCCUUCCUAAAUUUUCCAACUUGAAUAAUUUCUCCUCUUUAGGUUUGAUUUUCCUCUUAAGAACACCAAUGCAUGCUUUGCAUUACUCGCUGAGAUACAUCAUUUGUUACAUCUUUUGAAUUAGUUUGUGAUACACUCAUGUUUUUCUGCUGUUCAACCUGUGUUCUACUCUGGUUUUCAUUUUUCUAGUUUGAGUUUUUUAAAUGAUACAUUGUCUCGUUUUCAAUCCACUGAUUCGGAUCUGAAGCAGUUUUAAAGCUGACACUGCCUUGUUUCUUACACAAUAGCUGAUUGGGUAUUUAACUCUUGCAGGAACUUUUAUUAGCAUGGAGUGCUCUAUCAAGGAUGACGUGACUCAAUUGAUAGGUAACACUCCAAUGGUGUACCUGAAUAACAUCGUAGAUGGUUGUGUUGCACGUAUAGCCGCAAAGCUUGAGAUGAUGGAGCCUUGCUCUAGUGUCAAGGAACGAAUCGCUUAUGGUAUGAUCAAAGAUGCAGAAGACAAGGGUUUGAUUACUCCCGGAAAGAGCACAUUGAUUGAGCCAACUUCUGGUAACACCGGGAUCGGUUUAGCCUUUGUCGGGGCAGCAAGAGGUUACAAAGUUGUCCUCACACUUCCUCAAACAAUGAGCCUCGAGAGAAAGACAGUUCUGAUAGCAUUAGGUGCUGACGUUCACCUCACAGAUCCGAGGAGAGGCGUCAAAGGAUUAUACGAAAAAGCCAACGAGAUAUUAAGCAAAACUCCAGAUGGUAUCAUACUUCAUCAGUUCAAGAAUCCUGCAAACCCACAAACUCAUUAUCGAACCACUGGUCCAGAGAUAUGGAGAGACUCUGCAGGGGAAGUAGAUAUACUGGUGGGCGGUGUUGGGACCGGUGGAACGAUCUCUGGAGCAGGUAAGUUCCUCAAGGAGAAGAAAAAAGACUUCAAGGUAUACGCGGUGGAACCUAAAGAAAGUGCUGUACUCAGUGGAUGUAAACCGCGUCUACAUUUGAUCCAAGGUAUUGGUGCUGGAAUCAUCCCAGACAAUUUGGAUUUCAGCAUUGUUGAUGAAAUCAUUCAAGUGCCAGGCCUGGAAGCAAUUGAAACAGCCAGACUUAUUGCCCUGAAAGAAGGAUUACUGGUUGGAAUAUCUUCUGGUGCUGCUGCAGCCGCUGCCAUUAAGGUGGCAAAACGUCCAGAAAACGCUGGGAAGCUCAUAGUUGUGGUUUUCCCAAGCGGUGGGGAACGUUACAUAUCAACUGAAUUAUUCGACUCCGUGAGACGUGAAGCAGAGAGUAUGACAUUUGAAUGAAGCAGACUGAACGAUAUUCUAUUUGAUAUUUUUCACUUUCUCAACUCCGAAAAUAUAAAUAUAAAGAUUA